AUGCCAGUUAUCGGUUCCGCUCCACCGCCCGGAGAUCCAAUACUUCCAUCAGCCGUUCCGAAAGCUAUAGAGAACGUCAGAAAGAGUCGAGUGUCUUAUCAAGCUGUCACCUCUAACGUAUGCUUGAUGACUUCUCCAGUGCUUGCGCAUGUGAGUUUGUGUCGGCUCUCGUUCGAGAUGCCGUCGUAUCCCUCGAUGUCGAUGGCCUUGAUCACGACAAGUCUCUCAGUUGAAGGGGUAAACGUAAACUGA